AUGUAUGCACCCAAGCCCGGCGAGGUUUUGGCGGUCCUUACAUCAACGUUUGUGAACGUUACUUCCACUAAUCAGUGUAGUAUUAUUUAUCAAACAAAUGAAAGAUCGCCAUGUGAAUAUUUAGUGGUUUGUGAAAUUUACGGCGGCAGCGCGCAAAACCCCACUUGUAACUUUGAGCCGAACGUCACGUUUGUUGUAAAAGAUUCAAUUGCUGAAAACCUUAGUGCUGCCUUCUUCGGAUCAACAAAUUUCGAUUCACGUGUUCGGAAAAUCGUAGCGUAUAACAAUAGCUGGUCAACGAUAGCAGAAGGGAGUUUUAGGUAUUAUUCUAAAACUAAAGUCAUGGAUCUGUCAAGGAACAAUAUAAGAAAUCUAAAAAGUAUGGCGUUUAAAAAUUUAUUGCUUCUUGAGAAAUUAAAUUUGUCCACGAAUCAUAUACAAGAACUUAACUCAGGUUCGUUUUUGACAUCUGAUGCUAAAGAAUCUGAAGUUAGAGAGUUGGAUCUAUCACACAAUAAUAUUGACAAUUUUCCACCUGACUUGUUCAAUCUGUUGAGUAAUUUGGAAAUAUUAUAUCUGCAAUACAAUCAGAUCACGUUACUUCCACAAGAUCUUUUUAAGAAUUUAAAAAACUUAACAAGUCUCUAUUUGCAAUAUAACAAUUUGACCAAUCUCAACAGUAGUUUGAUUUAUUUAAGUUCUUUAAAUUAUUUAGAUUUGUCUUACAACAAAUUGACAAAAAUAUCAGGUUUUGAACUAAAUCGUGUCACUUCUUUAAUAUAUGUAAACAUUUCUAACAAUUUAAUAGAAACUUUGGAAUCAAAUUGCUUCAAUCAAGCUUUUAAUUUAGAAGUAGUAGAUCUAAAAAAUAAUAAAAUAAAUUCAAUAAUAGAAAACGUUAUGUUUAUAAAUAAUGUUAAAUUACGUUACCUGGAUUUUCAACAAAAUUGUAUUACUAAAAUACAAGCUGACGCUUUUAAACAUAAUGUCCUUGAAUAUUUUAGUUUGGAAAAAAAUAACAUAACUGGGGAAAUCACUAAAACGACAUUUUCUGGAUUGCAAAAUAUAAAAGAUCUGACUGUGAGUGAUCAAUCCAUAACAAUAAUAAGGGACGGUACCUUUUCUGAUAUGAAAGCUUUAAGAUUUUUGAAUCUGAGUAAUAACUUUGUAUCUACUAUUGAAAAUGCCAGUUUUGGUAUUUUAAAUAACUUAAAUAUUCUGGCUUUAUCGUAUAACAAAAUUGAUAAUUUGAAUUUUCUAAAAGAUUCUUUAACAAAUUUAACAGAGCUUUAUUUGAACGAUAAUUUACUAUCUAUAAUUUUUACUAAUGCAUUUAACAAUCAAACACAGUUAAAAAAGCUAGAUAUAUCUAUGAACAAAAUUAAAGUAAUCGAGCAAAAUUCUUUACCAUUACUAAAUUUACAAUUUAUUAAUUUAACUAAAAAUUAUAUAACAGGAGUAAUAAAAUCUAACACAUUAAGCCCUGCACAAUAUUUAAGAUACUUAGAUUUAAGCAAUUUAAACAUAAGCAAAAUAGAAGAGAUGGCUUUUGUGAAAUUGCCAGUUUUAGUACGAUUGAAUCUCUCAAACAAUGUCAUAAAUGAAAUUGCACCAAAGAAUUUUAUGGACACGAAUAAUAUGUAUUCUUUAGAUAUUUCACAUAAUAGAUUAAAACAUUUUGAAGUUAACAGUACAUUACAAAAUCUAAAAGCUCUUUAUCUGAAUAAUAAUGAUAUGGAUAGUCUUCCAAAACUUAACAUGUCCAGUGUUAUAUAUUUAGAUUUAUCUUUCAAUAAAAUUGAUAAUAUAACUGGGGAAUUAUUUGAACACAUGCGCAGUCUUAGGGCAUUACAUAUCUCUCACAAUAAGCUAAAAUCGUUCAAUAACAACUUUACAAAUACGCUAUCAGAUUUAACGGAUUUGAGUCUAUCUGACAACGAAAUUUCUAAUAUUAAUUUGAGUUUUUUUAAGGAGUUAAUAAAUUUAGAUAUUAGUAAAAAUGCAAUAAACGUGAUUGAUAGUUCAUUUUUACACGAUCUGGAUUUUUUGCAAUAUCUCGAUAUCAGUAGUAAUAAUAUAACAAAACUAUUACCAGGAACAUUUCAAAGUAUAAAAAUUUUGAAAUUUCUCAACAUGUCUUCAAACAGUUUGUCUAAUUUAAGAUAUGGAAGUCUUAAGGGCUUACAUAGAACAGAAGUUCUUGAUAUUUCGAAAAAUAACAUUCGUGAACUAGAUGUUGACAUAUUUCAUGAAUGUUCGGAAUUAAAAAAGAUAAUUUUAGAUUUUAAUAAAAUAAAAGUACUCGAUAUUGACAGAUUAUUAAGUGUGGCGCCUAAACUAAGCUCUAUAAGUAUAGGUGGAAAUCCUGUGUCGUGUAAAGAAAUAGUUCGCAAUAUUGGUAAAAUUAAUCUUACCUUAGCUUUUCAUGCAGUAGAAAUAACUUCUAUAGAUAAAAUCUUCCACGAAGACAAUGUGUAUGGAAUAAAAUGUGGUGACAAUAACAAUUUUACAAAUGAAGAUAAUGAAGGUGAACCAGUAAUCAAUAAAACAUCAGCAGAAAAUUCAACUCUAUCUAUAGUUAUUAUUUUUUUCCUAGUUAUAAUAUUGAUUAUUGUUACACUUAGCAUAGCGUAUUUUUAUUUCAGACACAAUUUUUCUAGUCAAUUAUUUACUGAGUCAAGGUUACAAAUGCGUCGUUCUUUAGAACUGAAUGGUUCAGAUUUUCAAAGCGACCUAAUUAGUUGUAAU